UUUCCUGCGAUAAUUGUGGCGAAAAUAUAAAAAAACAGCAAGUUGAAAAACAUUUUAUUAGAGCUCGAUGCCGUAUUAAUAAAAAAUUAUCAUGUCUUGAUUGUGGAAAGAUAUAUUUGGGUAAUGAAUAUGAAUAUCACACUAAAUGCAUAAGCGAAACGGAAAAGUAUUCUGGAAAAACUUAUGAUCCAUCAAAAAAUAUUAAUAAAGGUGAAAUGAAGCAAGAACUAUGGAUACAAAAUUUACAGAUGCCUCAGUCAUUUGGAUUUUGUAAUAUAAUGUUAAAUAUAACUAAAAAUAUGUUAAAUUACCCAAAUAUUCCUAGAAAAUUAUCAAAAUUUGAAAAUUUUAUGCAAAAUAGCUUAAAAAUAAGGGAUAGAUCGAUGGUAUCACAAAUAUGGGAACUUAUGAAUGGUGAAGAGAAGGAGAUAUCUAGUGGAGAUACACAGAAUGAACCCAACAAUGAAAAAAAGAUUAUAGACGGUCAAAAACUUAAGGAAGAUUUUUCUGAAGAAAAACAAGAAGCGACUAUUAAGACAAUUAAGAAAAAAUUGAAAAAUAUCGAAACAAAUACUGACGAAUUCGAAAUUAAUCCUGAAGGUAAUAAUGGUUGCGCUGGAUUCAAGAAAAGGAAAAAAUCAGAAAAAAUUGAGAGAAUAAGUGAAAACCUAUUAUUUCACAAAGAUAAUGAUGAAUGCAAUGGAAUUAACAAGAAAAUCAAAGUAAAUAGCGAAGAAAUUCAAAUUAUUUACGAAGCUAAUGAGGAGUGCAACAGGACUAAGAAAAAAUUAAAAAAUAUCAAAACAAACAGCAAAGUAACCCAUAUCGACAAGCACAUACAUUGCAAUGGAUUCAUCAAGAAAAAAUCAAAAACGAUGGAAUCAAAUAGUGGAAAAAUUCACGAUAGUAAUGGUGAUUGCAAUGAAAUCAAGAAAAAAUUUAAAAUGUCCGAUAGAGGUGAAGAAAUUUUCAUAUUUGAGAAUAACUGUAAUUGUAAUGACGGUGAAAAAUCAAUAAAUGAAUCGAAUGAAAGCCAAAAAGUUACAAAUCUUGAGGCCAUAGGUAAAGUGCAAACAGAAUUCAACUGGAAUACUAUGUUAGAUACUAAGCUCGAAGCAUUAAUGAAAAUCAAAUCCACUUUACCUCUAGUUAGAUUUCAUAAAAAGAUAAUAAAAGAGUAUACAAAAUGGGUAAAUUCAGAAAAGAUAAAACAAGCAUUGACAAAAGAAGAUAUAAUGAAGAAAAUCAACAAAAAAUUAAAGAAGAAUCCUUUGUUUACCAUUAAAGAUGGUUUAAUUUGUCGAAUCUAGUGAUUAACACACAAAUUAGAAAAUAUACUCUUUAUUUAUAUUCAAUAUAAAUUUUUUAAAAUAAAAAUAUAUCAUGGUAAUAUGUUAUAAACUAUAGGUUAUUUUAUAUAUCUAUUUAAUUUGAUUUUAAUUGCAAACUUAAAUGACACCAGGUAAUAUCAUUUUAAAAAAUAUUCAUAAAUUUCUUAAAAAAUAUGUAAUUUACAUAAAAAUAAAAAGGAUAUUCAAUUUAA